CUGGUUCCCGCUGGAGGGAGGACGCGCAGGGGCGGGACCGGUCUUCCCGCCCCGCACCCGACCCCAGGCGCGCCGGGAUAAAACCCGGCCAGUGCUGCGCGGGGAACUCGGGUCCCUGCAGCCUCCCAAGCACGGAGAGGCGGGGUCGCUCCGACCCCCUGCUCGCGCCCCCGCCGCUUGGGCCCGGCUCAGGGAGCCGGGCGCCUGGCGCGCGGGCACGCGACGGCUCGAGUGCCCAGGCGGUACCUUCAGCGGAGCAAUGAAGAGAGCUCGGGAGAACCAACCGGAGCCGGCCGAGCUGUUUCCUGAGCUCGGGGUUGCUGCUGCCACUGCUAUUGCUUGAAACUCUCCAAAGUUGCGAGCCAGCGAGAGGCUGCCGCCCGCCGGGAGCAAAAGGGAAAGGAACUCUUAAGAUGCCAGAGUGACAGACAUAGACAGACGGACGCAGAGAUCUGCAGAAGACACCACUGUGGGCGGCCUAUUCCCGGUGCCCCUGAGGCUACCCAGCUCUGUUGACUGGUGGGAGGCUGAGCUGGUGGCAAAGGCGCCCAGAAGAGACUUAGAGGCGACCAUAAUGUCUUUACGUUUACGCGCACUGCCCACCCUGCCUAGAGUUGUCAGACCGGGCUGCAGGGAACUGCUGUGUUUGUUGGUGAUCACGGUGACUGUGAGUCGUGGCACCUCCGGGGUGUGCCCCACCGCUUGUAUCUGUGCCACUGACAUCGUGAGCUGCACCAACAAAAACCUGUCCAAGGUGCCUGGGAACCUUUUCAGGCUGAUUAAGAGGCUGGAUCUGAGUUAUAACAGAAUCGGGCUUCUGGAUUCUGAGUGGCUGCCGGUUUCCUUUGUAAAGUUGAACACCCUCAUUAUUCGUCAUAACAACAUCACGAGCAUUUCCACGGACAGUUUCUCCACAACUCCAAAUCUGAAGUGUCUUGACUUAUCAUCCAACAAGCUAAAGACCGUGAAGAGUGCCGUGUUCCAGGAGUUGAAGGUUCUGGAAGUGCUCCUGCUUUACAACAAUCACAUUUCCUAUCUUGAUCCUUCAGCAUUUGGAGGGCUCCCCCACUUGCAAAAACUCUACUUAAGUGGAAACUUCCUCACGCAGUUUCCUAUGGACUUGUACCUUGGAAGGUUCAAGCUGUCAGAACUGAUGUUUCUAGAUGUUUCUUAUAACCGGAUCUCCUCCUUGCCAAUGCAUCAUAUAAAUUUAGUGCCAGGAAAGCAGCUGAGAGGCAUCUACCUUCAUGGGAACCCAUUUGUCUGUGACUGUUCUCUUUACUCAUUGCUGAUCUUUUGGUAUCGUAGGCGCUUUAGCUCAGUGAUGGAUUUUAAGAAUGAUUAUACCUGUCGCCUGUGGUCUGACACCAGGCACUUCCAUCAGGUGCUUCUGCUCCAGGAUAGCUUUCUGAAUUGCUCUGACAGUAUCGUCAAUGGUUCCUUCCGUGCACUUGGCUUUAUUCACGAGGCUCAAGUGGGGGAAAGGCUAAUUGUUCACUGUGACAGCAAGACUGGGAACUCCAAUACCGAUUUCCUGUGGGUCGGUCCGGAUAACAGAGUGCUGGAGCCCGAGAAAGAGAUGAAAAACUUUCACGUGUUUCCCAAUGGGAGUCUGGUUAUAGAGAGUCCUCGGUUUGAGGACGCCGGCGUGUAUUCCUGUAUUGCCAUGAAUCGGCAGCGGCUGUUAAAUGAAACUGUGGACGUCACCAUCAACGUGAGCAACUUCACCAUGAACAGAUCCCAUGCCCACGAGGCGUUUAACACAGCUUUCACCACCCUGGCAGCCUGCGUGGCCAGCAUUGUUUUAGUACUUCUGUACCUCUAUCUGACACCGUGCCCGUGCAAGUGUAAACCCAAGAGACAAAAACAUAUGCUAAACCAAAGCAGUGUCCAGGCGUCUAUUCUCGCGCCCGGCCCCGACAGCGAUGCCCCGGCUGAUGAACGGAAGGCAAGUGCUGGUAAAAGAGUGGUGUUUUUGGAACCCCUGAAGGAUACUGCAGCAGGGCAGAAUGGGAAAGUCAGGCUCUUUCCCAGUGAAACGGUUAUAGCGGAGGGCAUCUUAAAGUCCUCCAGGGUGAAAUCUGACUCAGAUUCUGUCAACUCAGUGUUUUCAGACACACCCUUUGUGGCGUCCACUUAAUUUUGUGCCUGUAUUUGUAUGCUGCAGUGAUUGACUCUCUUCAUAUUCAACUUUUGUGUGUGGUCUGCAAAACAGAUAUACAGCAGGGCAGAAACAGGUGGUUCUGUAUUUUUGAAAUACAGUCAGAUGGAUUUUAAGAAUGAAAUCACUGGUUAACAGGAAAUGUGGUAAAGCACUUAGAUUCGUGCCAGAGAAAGACAGGGUUGUUUUUCAGAGUUCAAGUUCUAGGUAGUAUCUUAGUCCUUAGCACCCAUGAUAAUUUCAAAGCCGGCCUGGAGGUGACAUGACUGACGUUGUCUUUUCACUCAGGCGUGUUGAAAGAAAAAAAUAAAUUUCUCAUAUUAGGAUUCUUGAAAAAGAGACUAUACUAACUUACUGGGACCAAAGUUGACAAGUAUUGUGUCCUAUUUCAUUUUUCAAAGAUGAAGGGGGAAGAACCAAGCAGCAGUUAUCUUUAAAGCACAAAGUAAAGUUAGAUUGGGGAAGAAUCCAGUUCGUGUCAUCAUUGCAGACCGUGUAAACGGACUACCCUGAUCAAAUUUCCUGAGCAAUGCCCUGUCCCAUAUGGUGUUAGGUAAAUAGUACGAUAAAGGUACUUUUGACUGUCUUCUUUCCGUUCUGUACAUUUCCUAUCCUUGUACAAAAGAUCUUAGUGAAAGUUUAAAGCCAUCCUUAUUUGUUGCCACAAAUUAUGUAGAUGUCACUACCAAAAUGUCUGAGUGCCUUCUCAGACCUUUGUUCUAGCAGACUUAAUAUGCGUUUAUAUGCUUGUGUGUGUGUAAAUCCUAAAUUAUAUCAACUAUUAAAGCGAUCCUACUGUACUGUGCUUUGGACAUUUGAAUUACUGUAAAUACAUGUGUUUGGAGACUU